AUGCAACGAAAAGCGCUCAAACAGUUGGGCAAGGUAACGCAAUGGACGAAUGAGAAGGUGUUUUCAGGAGAGAAGACCAACCUCUCUUCUGAAUUUACAGAGUUCGAGAAGGAGAUUGACGUUAGGAGAAUAGGGAUUGAGCGGUUACACGCAACAUCGCAACCGUUCUACAACCAAUUAACAAAAGUCAAACCCACUGCUGACCCCUAUCCACCGCCCGGGUCAGGCAAAGACAAGAUAACUUACACCGAGGCUCUGGGUCUGGUCAUGAUUGAUUAUGGAGAUGAGAUAGGUGAAGAAUAUGGUGAUGGACUAUCGAAGUAUGGAAGAGCUAGAUGUAGACUCGCUGCUGCUCAAGAGGACUUCAGUGCUAGGCUGGGCGAUGGCUAUAUCGCUGGAAUGGAAACUGCAUUGGCAGCGGUGAACGAGUAUAAAGCUCUAAGAAAAAAGUUGGAUUCUAGAAGGCUCGCCUUAGACGCGGCGAUAUCGAAAGCUCAAAAUAGCAAGAAAGAUUCGGCGGCACUAGAGGAAGAGGUCAACAUUGCCAAGGCUAGAUUUGAAGAAAUAGAAGAAGAGACUCAACAAAGAAUGAUUGGAAUACAAGAGACUGAAGAACAGCAGAUUAUUGGUCUUAAAGAUCUUUUAGAAGCUGAAUUGGAAUAUCAUAGUAAAUGCCAUGAUAUAUUGAAAGAUCUUUACAAUAAUUGGGGCGGAAAUGGUAGUCGAUCAAUAAACACUCGUGCCAGGUCCAAUACGGCUACCUCCUCUCGAUCGCUCGGACGGACAGCAGUCACCCGAUCACAUACCUCUCGACAUGGGUUACCGCAAUCGUCCGACGACGAAGGAGCCGUCACAACGAACAGAUCCAGAUCGCAUAGUAAUGCUUCUUCGAACGGUAAAUCCAAGGAGAAGAAAUCGAUGUUGCCCUCAUUCGGUUCAUUUGGUCGGAAAUCAGGUCUUUCAGCUGUUGCGUCAUCCUCGCACAAGAAGAAAUCAUCGUACAGUAAAGAUAAAUUCAAUGAUUCCAGAGCUGCGCUGAAUUCGGAAGAAGACGAAGAUUAUGGGGAAGAACCACCAACAAGAUCGAUGUCUCAACUUUCCACCUCCAGUUCUUUCUACAAUGCACCUCAACCACCCGCAAUGCGACGAGCGUUAACUUCUCCGCCGAAGUAUACCGAUCCCAACGCUCAUUAUGUCAAAGCGCUAUAUGACUAUCAUGGCAAUGCGUCGGAUGAACUGGAUUUGACGAUUGGGCAGGUGAUAGAAGUGAAGACCAAGGUAUCGGAUGAUUGGUGGAUUGGCGAAUGUGAUGGUAGAUCGGGAUUAUUCCCUAAAUCAUACACCGAAGAUUAUACACCUUCACCUCAAACUGCCGUACCUCCCCCAAUGCCGACCAGACGAAUGCUACCGCCUGAUAGCUCUUCAGGUCAGAGAAACAUGCCUCCUCCCCCGGCUUCAUCCACUAUUUCCAACAAACGAAACAACUUACCGCCUUCGCCAGUGAUGGGUUUUACAGAGAGUGAAUCGGAAUUGGAAUCCGAUGCAUAUGGAUUUUCAGAUGCUGAACAUAAUCAAACCGCUUCUUUGGCUGCUGAAGCUCAUCCUGUUGCUAUAGCAAGGGAAAGAUCAAAUACAAUUGGCAAAAAGGGACCUCCCCCGCCACCGCCACAAUCUAGAAGAUCAGCAUCUUCAAAUAACCUCCUGAACAUCGGUGCUACUUCCUCCUCGGCUCAUCUUACACCACCUCAACCUAUCUUUGGUAGACAGAGAUCUGGUACAGCCACUUCUGCAAGUACCAAGAUAUUCUCGCCCUUUGCUGGAUCAGAGGACGACGAGGAUUAUCAUGAUCAUGACCAUAACAAUACAGUCUCAAAUGGGUUGUCCUCAAUGCACAUCUCUCCGCAAGCUUCACAUGGUGAGGUCAACGCAGGACAAUGUGGGAUUUGUGGAUGUGAGGAUUUCACCCAGAAUGUCUUUAAAAGUAAAGGGACUUGCUCGACUUGUUUCCACGCGCAUUAG